UGACUUAGUUGUUGCUGGUGCGUCGCCACAGUCGCGGCGAAAUCAGUGUGUACGAGGGAUUUUCUAAUACUUCUUUUAAAUCUUUAUGCAUUCAUUGAGACUUUGUUAGUUGACAUUUGGCUGGCGAAACAGCAACGUCUCGUGGUGGCGGUCGAAAAGGUGAAAUACAUAUCGCAAAGCUUCACGGUUAAGUUUUGAAAUCGAAAGCGUUUAUUUUUUGGAAAAAUUUUAUAAAGACUGUUGAUUUUUUUGUGACGCUCAAUUAUUGAAUGUGAAUGUGUUGUGUGAAUAGAAAAAAAACGAAUUAAUGCGAAACCAUUACUAAUUGUAAACAACAAAUUAAAUAAGUGAGAUUUACUUGAAGAGUGUGUUUUAAUUAAUUUUUGUUACUAAAAUGUCAGAGAAAUUAAUGGCAGCGCUUCUCGCCGAGAGCGUUUUAUUGACAAAAUUUACGCGAAUAGUCGGGGAAUAUUCGCCAAUAACCAUAAUUUUGGUAGGCGCCGUCACUUUCUUCCUGGUGAUGUAUAAUAAGAGACGCGCACGCAUGGUGCAAUUGAUUGAGAAGAUUCCCGGUCCUGCUGCGAUGCCAUUUAUCGGCAAUUCGAUCGAAAUGAAUGUGGAUCACGAUGAAUUAUUCAAUCGUGUGACGGGCACAAUAAAACUAUGGGGCAAUCGUAUCGGUUUGAAUAAAGCAUGGCAAGGACCAAGCCCUUAUGUGAUGUUGUUCGAUCCCGAAACAGUUGAGCCAAUCUUGAAUAGCCAAAAAUUCAUAGAUAAAAGUCACGAUUACGAUUAUUUGCGACCAUGGCUGGGUACCGGGCUGUUGACGAGCUAUGGCCGGAAAUGGCAUUCGAGAAGAAAGAUUUUGACACCCGCAUUCCAUUUCAAAAUUUUGGAUGAUUUUAUCGAUGUCUUCAAUGAGGAGAGCGCUGUUUUGGCACGCAAAUUGGAGCGCGAAGUGGGCGCCGAGGCCUUCAAUAUCUUUCCAUAUGUGACGCUCUGCACGCUGGACAUCGUGUGUGAAACGGCUAUGGGUCGCAGUAUUCAUGCGCAAGACAAUAGCGAUUCGGAAUAUGUGAAAGCUGUUUAUGGCAUCGGCUCCAUCGUGCAAAAUCGCCAAUCGAAAUUAUGGCUACAAUUCGACAGCAUUUUCCGUUUCACCGAAGAUUACAAACGUCACGAGAGUUAUAUCAAUACUUUGCACGGUUUCUCCAAUCGUGUGAUACGCGAACGCAAAGCCGAAUUAGCCGAGAAUAUACUCAACAACAAUAUGAAUAGCGCACCCGAUGCUUACGAUGAUUUGGGCAAAAAGAAACGUCUCGCUUUCUUGGAUCUACUCAUUAAUGCCUCGAAAGAUGGUGCCGUGCUCUCCAAUGAGGAUAUACGUGAAGAAGUCGACACAUUUAUGUUUGAAGGUCAUGACACUACCUCGGCAGCGAUUUCAUGGACACUCUUCUUGCUCGGCUCACAUCCCGAAUAUCAGGAACGUGUGGUGGAGGAGCUGCAAUCGAUCUUUGGCGAUGACAAAGAAACACCAGCGACCAUGCAGAAUUUAAUGGAUAUGCGUUAUUUGGAGUGUUGCAUCAAGGACGCGUUGCGUCUGUUCCCCAGUGUGCCGAUGAUGGCGCGCUCCAUUGGUGAGGAUGUCAAGAUUGGUAACUACCUGAUACCUGCCGGCACCACCGCCAUCAUUGUCACCUACAUGCUGCAUCGCAAUGCGAAAUCUUUCCCCAAACCCGAACAAUUCAAUCCCGAUAACUUUUUGCCCGAGAAUUGCGUCGGUCGUCAUCCUUUCGCCUACAUACCCUUCAGCGCUGGUCCACGUAACUGUAUUGGACAGAAGUUCGCCAUACUCGAGGAGAAGGCAGUGUUGUCAACGAUUUUGCGCAAAUACAAAAUCGAAUCGAUCGACAGACGUGAGGAUCUCACACUUUUGGGUGAACUGAUUCUGAGACCGAAGGAUGGUUUGCGUGUGAAAAUAACGAAACGCGCCUAAGCUGAAGGCGUAUGGAAGAAAGUAUACAGUUACUUAGCAUAUGCAUAGCACUAAUUGUAGUUUUAGUUUUAUAUUAUAUAUAGUUUUAUAUAGUUGUAUAUAGUAUACAGUUUAAGCGUUGAAUAAUUAGUUUUAAGUUAAUUUUGUAAAUAUCUAAUCAUAUAAGAACCAUUGCAAGUUGCAAAUAGCUUUCACUUCAACAUAAGUAUUAAUCGGUAACCUUUUUCUAAACGAAAUCUCUCUUAUUUAAGUACAUAAGUACAUCUAACAGCUGUAGCUUGUAUUUCCUUCAAACCAAAUAUACAAGUAUUGUCCGAACUACUACUAAGCUAUGGGAGCUUUUCUGACAAAACUAUAUUGUAGUAAUAAGUGUGAUAUUCUGAUACAUGUAUGUGAACUUGUGAGGAGCUGAUCUUUACAAUAGAUUUAUGCGUAUUUACUUAUAUAUAUAUAUAGUAUGUAAUUGCCUUAAA